CGAAAAUCCAAUUUGUGGCUCCGGUCUCACUAAACCCACUAUCUUCGUCUUCUCUUGUGAAUUCAAUAUAUAUAUUUUUUUCUCUAUUAAAUAUAUAAUUUUGUCUCAUUUGCUUCUUAAGUAUGAAAUCUCUAUUGUUCAUCUCCCUCUCUGAAACUUCUUCUGUGUUCAUCUCAUUCUUAUUCCAAUUUCCAACUCCUACGGUCCUACCCCAGACACCCUACCCCCCCUCUCUCUGUUGUGUUUGUUUUUGUCUGAGUUUUGGUCUUUGAAAUUUGAAUCCAGUACAAAAGCUUAUAACAAUCACUAGUUCGAUGUUUCGGAUGAUAAACCAUUUUCAGUAGUUGGAUGUAGUGGAAAGUGGAAACGAUUUAUUUUCUUGUAUUUUCUUUUUUCAGUUCUCUUGUUUGGUUUCGUCAGCUGUAAGUCUAUUUCCCGCCUUCUCUGCUUCCGAGAUUUCUGGCUGAAUAAGUGUGAUUUCUAUUAUCAGCGAUUUUGAUCUGAAUUGUUGUUUGUUCAAUGGGGUAGAGAGCUUCUAUUCAUUUCAAUUCCGUCACAAGGCUUCUCUUAAUCAGAAGAAACAAUCUCAUUUCGCCCGGUUCACUCUUUUAACUGAUGCAUUAAAAUGGAGAAAUUUUCUUAUAGAGAUCAUCAAGUGUUAGGUCAUAAUAGUCCACGGAAAUCGUUUGGAAACCUUGGCUCGUCGCCAAAGAUCCCAUUGGCAAAUUCAGAAGUUGAUUUUAAUGACGUAUUUGGUGGCCCUCCGAGGCGUUCUUCAGUCCAUGAGACGCGGUACAGCUUUAGUGAAACUCUGGAUUCCUAUGCAUUUAGAAGAGGUGGGGAAGGCGCAUUUGGCUCUCGCAAUUCAUGGUCUCUGGGUGAGAAACCGGUGUUUGGCGAGGACGUUGCGAGCCGCAGGAGGUACCCAAGUGGUGACUUCUUUGAUGACAUAUUCAGAGGUGACGGGUCUUCAAGCUCCACUCCUAGAAAGCCAGAUCGGGAUCCCUUCUCUUCCACCCCGGCUUCUAGGAUCCUGAGUCCAGCCCGCCCCUUGCCACCCAAAUCUGAUCUUUUUGGAGCUUCAUCCUUCCCUGCACAACUCAGCCUCCCUCCACGAUUGGCCAAAGGGAUGGACUUUCCAGCAUUCAACACCAAUCCCAGUCGUAGUCCACAGAGAAACAAUGAUGGUGCUUUGAGUAUUGCUCUUCCAUCUCCCCAAAGUGCUUUCAUGCCAAGAGUUUCAAAUCAAGCAAUCCAAGAUAACCCAAAAAAUGAUGCCCGACCUUCUUAUCGCCAAAGCCCUUUAUCAUAUGAGUUCUCUUUUAACAAAGAAGGGUCAUUGAAAGCUGCUAAGUCUGAUAACGAGGACAUGGGAGGCAUCAAGGAAAAGGAUUUGGGUAGUACACAACUUAAUAACGACAGCAGCCAAUUUCACUUCUCUAUAUACAAAUGGGCAAGUAAAGGAGUACCAUUAGUUACUCCACUUAGGGGACUAAAUGGUUCAAUGCCAAAAAGGAAGGGGAAAGGUGAAAGUAGUUCAAGCUCAAAAGAGAAAGGUGACAAUGAAAGCAAUUCAGGCUCAAUCGAAAGGGGCAACAAUGAGAGUAGCUCAAGCUUGGUUGACAGUGACAAAAGUGAGAGUAUGAUAAAUGAAUCAUCUGCAUCAAUUUUGCAAGGUGUUGGAUUUCUGCUUCCUGAGGAAAGAAUGUCAACAGUGGCUAGCUCCUCUCAGAUGGGACUUGAAGACCAAAAGAAUGGUUCACUUGAUGGUACACUUACCAAAGAUCGAACAGAUUCAUUUAGAAUUUCUGUUAAACUUGGAUUAAAACCCCUUGAUAGUCUUGAAAGUAUUACCACAGAAAUUCCUGGUAGUUUUGUUCAUAAUGCAAAAAAGGAAAUAGAACCUGGUUCAGGUUUGUAUGGUUCUCUGUCUGAAAUUGGUCCAUUUCAGAACACGGAGAAAGAGAUAAAUGGUUCUGCACAUGAAUCUUGCAAACCUGAGUUAGUACCAUUAUGUCCCCUGCUCUAUGAAAAUUCUUCUGGACAAGGAACGGUCAGUGAGAUAGGAGCAGCAAAAGCCAACGUUACAUCAUCUGUAAAUGUUGAUGAUGGGAAAAUCCUAAAGAAACAUGAUAGCAAAAGAAACAUCUUCAAUAUUGCCGCUAACUCUAGCUUGCAAGAUUCAUCUAUAGAUUCAGAAGAAAAACGUGGUGGAAAGAGUGUCAAGGGAAAAGUCAAAGAAUUUGUGAAAAUUUUCAGUCGUGAGGCUUCUUCAAAAUCCACAACUGAUAUUGACAUGCAAGGUCAGAUCUCUAGAUGGAAAGAAAUCAAUACAUGUAAAGCAGAAGAAAAAGUAAGUAACCAUGCAACCAAGACAGAUGGGAAAGUGAACAUAAGGAACAAGGAAAAACCAUCAACAGAAACUUUUUUCAUGGUGGAUCAAGCUCUGAAACAGUCAGAGAAUCCGGACAUUGAAAUAGACACUGACAUUCAUAAAUUUCAUCAUACUUCCUCUGAAAGGAACAAUAGCUCAGCAUCAUUAUCAGGUUUUGAGGCCGCACUUGCUCAUAUGGAGGAAUCUCAUUGUGAAUAUCUCCAUGGAAACUGUCUGGGAGAAGAUUUGUCUCUUGACAAGAGCAAACAACAACUUGUUGAAUAUCAAGAAGAGAUCCAAGUUUCAGAUGCUAGAAUACAAGAGUGGUCAAAUGGGAAGGAAGGAAAUAUUCGUUCACUGUUAUCAACCCUACAAUAUGUUCUUUGGCCAGAGAGUGGAUGGAAGCCUGUUCCCCUUGUCGAUAUAAUCGAAGGAAAUGCUGUGAAGCGAGCCUAUCAAAAAGCAUUACUUUGUCUACACCCUGAUAAACUACAGCAGAAGGGUGUUGCAUUGCAUAAAAAAUAUAUUGCUGAAAAAGUCUUUGACAUCCUGCAGGAAGCAUGGAAUCAUUUUAACUCACUUGGAUCGUUCUGAUUGUGGAAUCUUCACUGGCCAUCUACCUCUAAUCUACAAAACAAAACUCUGGUGUUCACUCUCACUCAGUGGUGGUGACUGUAUUUUUCAAGGUCUGUUAGUAUGGUUAAAAGUGUACCUAUUUCCCUCUUGGUAAAUUGAUUGAUUUGUUGCAUAAUAUAACUACUGUAUAUAGUUAUAUAUGAUUGAUUCUUGAAAGCUUUCAUAUAUUGUAGUGUACUUUACUUUUUUGAUCA